AUGCAACAGGGCCAUAAGCGGUUGGGCAUAUCUCUCGCUACUGGUAGCGGAAAAACUGUCAUAUUUACACAAUUGAUUGACCGUGUCAACCCUUUCAAAGAACAUGGAACACAGACUUUGAUACUUGUUCACCGGAAAGAAUUGGUGGAACAAGCUGAAAAACACUGCAGGCUGGCGUACCCAAACAAGACUGUCGAGAUUGAGAUGGGAAGUAACCAUGCAACUGGAACCGCUGAUAUAACAGUCGCGUCUAUUCGCAGCCUUCUUUCUAGUGAUAGGAUAGAAAAGUUUGACCCAGGCAGAUUCAAGUUGGUGCUGGUCGACGAAGCACACCACAUUGUUGCGCCAUCCUACCGCCGUGUUUUGGAACAUUUUCGCUUGGAUAAACUUGACAACGGAUCGCCAGCGCUCGUUGGUGUCUCUGCAACGUUUUCAAGAUUUGAUGGCCUGCGGCUAGGCACGGCAAUUGACCAUAUUGUAUACCACAAAGAUUAUGUCGAUAUGAUUGGGGAGAAAUGGCUUGCAGAUGCCGUUUUCACGACCGUUAAAUCCCAUGUAAAGUUAAAUAAGGUUGGAAAGUCAAAGGACGGCGACUUUCAUGCCAGACAACUGUCGGCAGCUGUCAAUACAGAUAAGGCAAAUGAUAUCACCGUUAAUGCCUGGUUAUCGCGUGCCCAAAAACGAAAAUCAACACUCGUUUUCUGCGUGGAUAUUGAACAUGUCACAUGUUUGACAAACAAAUUUCGCUACUACGGAAUUGAUGCUCGAUUUAUCACGGGCCAAACCUCCAAGGAUGUUCGAACACGGGAACUUGAUGGAUUUAGGAACCAAGAAUAUCCGGUUCUUGUGAAUUGUGGUCUUUUCACCGAAGGAACUGAUAUCCCAAACAUAGAUUGUGUACUCCUUGCUAGGCCCACUAGAUCAAGAAACCUGCUUAUCCAGAUGAUAGGCAGAGGGCUGCGUCUACAUCCAGGAAAACAGGAUUGCCAUGUUAUUGAUAUGGUUGCUGCUCUGGAAACUGGGGUCGUAACCACACCCACUCUUUUCGGCCUUCAUCCCGACGAAGGUUUGGAGAAUACCCCUGUGCAUGAUUUUGACAAAAUCAGGCAAAAGAACGCAAUAGAUCAACCACAAGAGCUGGAAACUGAACCUGACUCAGCUGAGGAUGAAAUUCUUGUUAAAUUUACCGAUUACGACUCAGUACAUGACCUUGUCAUGGAUACUUCAGGUGAAAAGCAUAUUCGCUCUCUCAGCAUUAACGCUUGGGUAAGAGUUGAUGAAAAUAGAUAUAUUUUAAACGCACCUGGGGGAACCUUAGAGCUUGACGAUAAGGAUGGUGCAGGUCUUUUCUCGGUUUACCAGACAAUGGCAUUGCCAUCAAGCGUCAAGUCGAAAAGCCCAUUUGGCCCGCCGAAGGAAGUGGCAUCAUCCCUAAACCUUACAGACGCCGUCCAUGCCGCUGAUACUCUCGCUGGCCGAAUAUUUGGUUCAACAGCUGUGAGCCUGUUCCAGGGCUGGCGAAAUGCCCGAGCCACUGAUCGGCAGAUUCGGUUUCUACGUUCUGCCCUUGGGUUGAACAAGCAGCGCUCAAAACAUAUCACAAGGGGUCAAGCUGCGUAUAUGAUUACAAAGCUUAGACAUGGCGCCAAAGGGCGGUUUAAGGAGAUCUUGAAAACCCGGGUGAACAACAAGAAACUCGAGAAGCUUAAGGAGCUGAAGAAGCGUGAGGAAGUUAGGGUUGGGCCGCUCAACGAAUCGUAG